UGAUUGGCUGAUAUAACAAGUUUGACAACCCUUUUUCAGUAGUCUAGUCAUCAGAACAACAGCACACCCACACACUUCAGUCGUUCUCAGUAUUACUCAUCAUCAUCAUCACCUUUCUCUCAAAAUGCGGAGUAUCUUUCUCCUUUUCCUCAUUUCAGGUUUGUUUAGAUAUUCAUUGGCACAAGAAGGGUUUUGCUCUGUUCCUUCAGAAUCAAAAUCGGAGAAGCCUCUUUAUUGGAAAAUCUACGAUUCCACUCUAUCUCCUCUUAACCUUCAAAAUUUGCCUGGAUUCACACGCAGUGUUUAUAAGAGAGAUCAUGCUUUGAUAUCACCAGAAAGUCAUGUUUAUGGCCCAUUGCCUGAUUGGAUCAAUACGUUGGGGGCAUAUUUAAUUUCACCUGAAACGGGCUCACACUUUAUAAUGUACCUAGCAAAGUUGAAAGAGAAUUCAAAAUCAGGACUACCCCUGCAUGAUGUAGAGAGAUUCAUCUUUGUGCUCCACGGUGCUGUCACAGUCACCAGUGCUCAUGGUGUGAGCCAUGUACUGAAGGUUGAUUCAUAUGCUUACUUUCCUCCAAAUUUUGAACAUUCAAUUGAAUCUGAUGCUCCGGCUAUUAUCGUGGUAUUUGAACGAAGGUAUGCUCAGCUGCCAAAUCAUGUCCCAGAGCCACUUGUUAAUUCGACAGAUAAGCAGCCACUCCUUGAAACUCCAGGGGAGAUAUUUGAACUGCGAAAGCUACUUCCAACGUCUUUGGCAUAUGACUUCAAUAUACAUAUAAUGGAUUUUCAGCCUGGAGAAUUUCUUAAUGUUAAGGAGGUCCAUUAUAACCAGCAUGGUUUGCUGCUAUUGGAAGGGCAAGGCAUUUAUCGUUUGGGUGACAGUUGGUACCCGGUUCAGGCGGGUGAUGCCAUUUGGAUGGCACCCUUCGUCCCACAAUGGUAUGGUGCACUGGGGAAAACUCGAUCACGCUAUCUUCUGUACAAAGAUGUAAACAGAAGCCCAUUAUAAUUGUGAUUUUGGUUGACGUUAGAUAAACGACGCGAAUGAUAUUGGCCAUCACUUUAUUUCAUAAUUUAAAUAAAAGAAGGCUUGUUGAUGUAUAUAUUUAUCAGCUUUCAUAUGUUUAGGUCGUCAUAUCAUUAGUUCCAUCAUAUGAUUAAUGUUUUCAGUACUUGUUAACAUUAGUUCCAUUUCAGUAUUGAAUAAACACUACUAGUUGUUCUUUAGGUUUGUUGAACUAUUGAUUUUCAACACCAAGUUGAGUUUUCAAAUAAUCCAAAAAAAAAAAAAAAACCCUUAGAAACCAUGAAUUAAUUCUCUCAAAAAUCAAAAUGAUGAAGGCAGUAUAUUUUUACUGCAUUUUCAGUUC